AUGCCCGAACAUGAUUCGAUUGCGCGCAGCGGCUGCGUCGGCACGAUUCGGCGGCUCCGCUAUCUCAAGAGAUCGGACCUCGCCACCAGACCACAACGACGGCCAAACCAACGUCGACCGCGAAACCAAAAACAGCGAGGCAAGGACAAUUGCAAGGAGCUGCCAAGCGGGCGGAAAUCAGCGGUCUUGCCAAACACAACAACGUUUAUGGACAGCGACAAGACGGUGCAAUAA